AUGAUCCCAGAACCUAAAGGCCUACGGUGUUACGCAACCCUCGGCGUCAGUCCGCACGCAGACUCAAAUGCCCUUAGGUCGGCUUUUCGGCGUCUUGCGUUCCAAAAACAUCCCGACAGAAACAACAACGCCGUGGGAGCAACCGAGGAGUUUCAGCAUCUCAAAGAAAUUUGGGACUACCUAAGCAAUGACGCCUGCCGAAAGCAUUAUGACCAAAUAGUCGGGGCCGCCUAUACUCGGAUCACUCUAGAACUGGAUCAAUCCUACCGGAAACUGCACGAAGUGAGGCGGAAGAUCUGCCAGUCACAGACACACCACACGGAUCCGGCGACAGAUGUUGGCGGGCACCACCAAGAGGCAACAUCUGACAUGAACAAGGAGUCGCAACUUUUGGAGCAGAUCAAGGCAAAAUUGCAAGACCUGGCCGACUUGAAUGGCGAAAUCAGACAAGUCCCCGACUUUACGCGGUAUACUGAUGUCGGUGUUCCCGGGGCCGUUGACUUUUGGCGCUCUUAUGCUACAGUUCUGGAGCAACAGGUUGAAUCUCUGCAGCAGCAUGUCACCAGUCAACAAGAGGUCCUUGACUUGGUAGAGACAGAAAUGGACCGACUAAGGGCAGAGAACCAAACGCAAAGCCACGAGAUUGCGAGACUUGGCCGAGAAAAUGGUUGUCAGAAAGAGCUUGUACGGGAAAAGACCGUUGAAGUGAACGCACUCAAGGAGCAGAUUUGUAUGAUGGACGUUGAGAACAGCAAGCGGAGAGAGUGCUCGGAAAAAGUUCGGGAAGGAGAAGACCAGCUGCGAGUGUUAAACAAGCUUCGGAAGGAAAUCAAGGCGUUAAAGAGGAGCGGCACCGGAAGCAGGCAGCGUUCGACAUGUUGGAGGAAGAGAAUAAAGGACUGGGAACGGAGAAAGGACGGGAAACGGAGAAGAACACCUUGAGAACGUCCAGAAAGCGGGCCUGUGAGGAGCAGCGAGAGCCCCAAAGAUAAAUCGAGGAUGCCUCUGGGCAUAAGGAUCACAGACUUAAGGCCGAGAACCGCAGGCGGGAGCUUGAGGGCCGGGAGCUGAAGAACGGCACAAAGGAACUGGAGG